AUGUACAGCGUAGAGGAUCUCCUGAUUUCUCAUGGAUACAAGCUGUCAAGAGGCAUCCCGGCGCCACACGACGGUGACCGCGAGGGCCGCCGGCACGCCAGGUCCCGCGCGCGAGCUGGCCAGGGCCUGCUGAAUGGGUGCGAGGAUGGCCCCGCAGGUCCCCCCCCCAGUAAGCCGUCCCCGGGGAAGUUUUAUCAUCAGCCCGUGCUGAGGUGGUCCUCUCAGCCCCAGACCGCUCACGACCACGCCUACUGGAGAAGAAAAGGACAGGAGGUCGGUGGCUUGCUGGGGCCAAGGGCCCGAGAAGACCCAGAGGUCAGAGGGAUGGCCCAAGCCCACAGUCUGCCCGUUCACAUGAGGGAGGGCCCAUGGGAAGUUGGAGGAAGGACAGAGAACGUGAUGAAGAAGGCAGUUUGGGAAGAAGAGCUGAGAAUGGCAGGACCUGCCAAGUGGCAGAAUAUAAGCCUGGAGAGCUGGAACCAGCCAAGGAAAUUAGGGAGGCAAAUGUCUGAUGGUGAUGGGGAGAGACUGUUUCAAGAUCUGUACCCAUUCGUGCAAGGAGAACAUGUGCUGAAUUCCCAAAGCAAAGGGAAAUCCCAGUCAUUGCCCAGGGUUCUUUCCCCUGAGGGCCUGAGUUGCAUGGAAAUUCCCAUUCCAUUAAAUGACGGACAUUUUCCAGGUGUUCCUAAAAUGCCAUUUUAUCCCCCAAAUUGUGCGCCAAAUUUGGAAUCCAAAAGGAACCCCGAGAAGGGGGGUUCCUCGGUCCCUUUCCCCCGGCCUAAGUUUGGGAGACCCCUCAAGCCUCCACCUUACGACUCCCACCAACACUCCAGGGCGGGCGUGGAGGCCAGUGACUCUCUGGACAGUCAGCAGGCGGACUUGUGCGUCUCCUACUCGACCAAAUCCAGCGAGCCCCGGCUGGAGCCGUGCGCGCCCGACUCUAGUUUGGAGCCUCCCGUGUACGUGCCUCCGCCGUCGUACAGGUCGCCGCCCCAGCACAUCGCAAACCCCUACGCGGAGGACACAGUGCCUGGGCCCGUGUGUGGUCCCCGUCAGCAGCAGCAUCCGUUGGAGCCGGCCGGUCCCCCUGGCACCGGCAGUGAGUAUGGUGCAAGCCCACACUCUCCUCGCGGGGUCCCUCAGCAGCCCCGGCUGACCACCGCGUACGACGGCUCCGUUCUGUAUAUUCCCUUUGACGACCCACGGAUACGGCAUUUUAAGCUGGCCCGCCCCCGGGGUUUCUGUCAAGAAACAACAGCCAACGAGAAGUCCUACAACUCUAGUCCCAGCACUGCCCCGGCCCCCGCUCAUGGCAACGGUCAACAAGAUGGUGCCGUUUUGAGCCCACAGAGUGUGAGAACCUCGCCGGGGGGUGUGAGCGGCCCGGCCACUGCCGAUCCCAGUCUCUGGUGGCUGUGGGACCAGCUCCCCAGGGAUGCGGAAAAUGGCGCUCCUGACCAAAGAGCCCACGGCGCCGUGGGGGGAAAGUGGCCUGCCCUGGACGGCGGCCGGGGCGGGCACACAGAAGGCCUCGUCUCCCCGCCAAGCCCGCAGGGCGAGAGUACCUGUGAAACUCGAACCAAGCUCAAGAAGUUCGAAACUGGGAUUCGGACCAAGAAAAGUUCAAAGAAGAAAAUGAACGAGACAAUAUUUUGUUUGGUUUCCAUCCCAGUUAAAUCAGAAUCACAUCUGCCAGAUAUAGAUACGAACAACAAUGACUUAAAACAGGGCACUGAUAAAAGGAAUGGGCUUGAUAAGAGCGCAGCCUUGCAGGAACAAAGUCUGCUGAGCAUGUCUUCCACCGACCUGGAGCUGCAGGCACUCACAGGAAGCAUGGUGGGGAGAACAGAGUUCCAGAAACAAGAUCUGGGGGAACCAGAAGAAGGCAAACAAACAAAUGACCUCAGAUUCAUUCACCCUGCACAACACAGAGAGCUCAAGUAUUCUGGCUCGUGGCCAGGGCACCAGUACAGAGAUCAGCAGACCCAAACCACUUUUGCAGAGGAGUCCAGAAGCGCGCUGCCCCUCCCCGGUCAGAAGCCGGGAGGCUCACCAAAAGCAGUGCUGACUCCAAAAUACUCAGACCCUCUCGUCUCUGAGGCUCACGCGCCCACGGAGUUAGCUCCCGGCGACCGAAACGAGAGGCCAAGUGCUCAUCACCCGAAAGGCCAAAUGUCCCUCAGCCCCUCCAGCAACAGUGCUUUCUCAAGGACUUCCUCCUGCGUAAGCCAGGCACCUGUUUCAAAAGCCGGGCCCAGUCAGGCCUGCGCCGAGGGCCGUGGCCGCAGAGCCAGCCCCGUGCCCAGGGGCGACGUGGUGAAGGGGGAGACCACCGGCCCGUGCAACAGCAAACAGCUGUUUGGUCAGUUUCUCCUGAAGCCAGUUAGCCGCCGUCCGUGGGAUUUGAUUAGCCAGCUAGAGAGUUUUAACAAGGAGCUUCAGGAAGAGGAAGAGAGCAGUCCUAGCGGCAGCGACAGCGACAGCGACAGCAGCAGCGAGGACAGUGACACAGAGUGGCAGCCCGAAGGCCGUGCUGAGGCCACGGGCAAGCACUGGGGCUGCGGGGGAGACGGCCAGGCGUGGAGGGUUGAGGAGCCCGGGGCCAGGCCGGGAAGAGCCAAGAGUAAGUCCGAAAGCUGGAGCGAGGGGCAGAAGCCUGGCUGGCCUGGCACCCGUGCUCAGUGCCCGGGCCCCGUGGAGGUGGAAGGAGGCCGGGGGGCGGCGGUGGCGGCACACGGAGGCCCGAUCGCCGACGAGGGAAACCAGGAGGUGGACCGCGCACUGAACACCGAGCCAGCCGUCAGCCCAGGUCCUGUGAAGAGAGCGGCUUCCUCCAGGUCAGGUGACACAAAACCAGUGCCCUCGUCGGAUCCAGCCUCGCUGAGGCAGCCCCCGGGAAGCCAGGCACUGCCCCGUGUUCCCAUUUCUGCCGAGCUGAGCCCAGCGACCCCUCGGAAGGCCGGUGGCGAGGAGGGGAGGAGCCCGCCGGUCCCGCUCGCUCUUGCCAACAAACCCCGAGGGCUCUCGGCGCCGGACUUGAGGUCUGUGGGACUGACGCGGGCACAGGAGCAGAGCGCCGGGAAGUCAGAUGCGUCUUCAGGUGAAGCCAGUGCAAUAGAAAUCCCCCCAAAUGAGUCCCUUCAAGCAAGGGCUGCGAGGAUCCUGGGCAUCGAGGUGGCCGUGGAGUCCCUGCUGCCAGGCACCAGGAGAACGGGACAGGACCAGCACCCCGAGCCUGACGGAGGUGGCCGCGGGCCGGAGGCCCCCAGGGAGGAGCCUGGGUCCGGUUCACAGCUGGAUGACCCCGCAGCGUCCCCUGACGCCUUUUACGGCAGGAGAAAGUGCGGCUGGACCCAAAGCCCUCUCUUUGUAGGGGAAAGGGACAGCGCCCGUCGCGCUGCCCUGGCCGCUGAGCCCUCAGGUGCAGACGGGACUGUCCCCAGCAAGGCCCCCAGCCCCGAGCCUCAGUACAGUCCCCAAGAGUCCAGGUCCUUCAAUCCCAAGGACAUGGGGACAAAACCACCCUUCAAGUCCACCCUGUUCCAUUUUAUAGAAAGGACCCCAAAUAUGCCAGGCUCAGAAAAGAGGCUCAGAAGCACUUCCAAAGUGAUUGAAAGUUUACAAGAAAAACUGGCUUCGCCCCCUAGGAGAGCAGACCCCGGCCGCUUGAUGAGGAUGAAGGAGGUGAGCUCCGUGUCCCGGAUGAGGCUCCUGACCUCCCGGAGCGCUGACUCCACGGAGGAGGCCGAGGAACCGAAGGCCGAGAGGGACCCCGGGAUGCAGCCCGGAGGCCCGGUGUCUCUGAACUCCGGGGACCUGGCUCGGAAGGCCGGGCUCCCGCUCGUGGUCUCCAAGGGCGCCCUCCCGCCUGAAGAAGACGGUCGUCCAACGGCACACGGGGAGAAGAAGACCGUCCAUCAGGAUUUCUGGUGCCCAGAUUCAUACGACCCUAGCAGAGUGGAGAGGGUGUGA